UUCUCUUUGCUAAUUGCUUGUGUUUAUAGAUAAAUAAAUAAUUAAUAAUUAUAUUUUUGAAAUGAAUAAUUAAUUAACUUAACUAAGUCGACUUGCUAAGAUAUUGUAGAUAUAAUUUCUAAGCAAAAUGAAAACUGCUUUGAUGGUAGCUGAAAAGCCAUCUCUAGCUCAGAGUUUGGCUAAUAUCCUUAGCAAUGGAAAAUGUUCUACUAACAAGGGUUCUAAUUCACCUUGCGCAGUUUAUGAGUGGAAUGGAAACUUUAAGAGCGAACCAGUCAAAUUUAAGAUGACAUCCGUUUGUGGGCAUAUUAUGAGCCUAGAUUUUACCGGAAAGUACAAUAAUUGGGAUAAAGUUGAUCCAGUAGAACUAUUUAGCUGCCCUACUGAAAAAAAAGAGGCUGUCCCGCGUUUAAAAAUACCCUUCGUAUUGGCUCAAGAAGCUAGGGGAUGUGACUAUCUUAUUCUCUGGUUAGAUUGUGACAAAGAAGGAGAAAAUAUUUGUUUUGAGGUUAUGUGUUGUGUUGCACCGUAUAUGAAGGGCGAUGUAUAUUCACCUUCAGUUACACACCGAGCCAGAUUCUCUGCCAUUACAGACAAAGAUAUAAAGGCAGCCAUGUUAAACUUGGUUAGGCCGAAUGAAAAUGAAUCUCGCAGUGUUGAUGCAAGACAGGAGCUAGAUUUACGUAUUGGAUGUGCUUUUACAAGAUUCCAGACUAAGUAUUUUCAAGGAAGAUAUGGUGAUUUGGAUUCUUCACUAAUCUCAUAUGGCCCCUGCCAAACCCCAACAUUAGGGUUUUGUGUUCAAAGACAUGACGACAUUCAGACUUUCAAACCAGAAACAUACUGGGUGUUGCGAGUCACGGCAUCUACUAGUGAGGGGCGAGAACUGCCAUUGGAAUGGAAGAGAGUCCGAGUGUUUGAGAAGGAUAUUGCGAACAUGUUUCUGGCUAAUAUCAAAGAGAUAAAGGAAGCUGUGGUUGUGAAUAUUCAGGCAAAAGAAAAAAUAAAGCCUCGACCUGUGGCAUUAAAUACAGUGGAGCUGAUGAGGGUUGCCAGUUCCGGGCUCGGUAUUGGACCUCACACUGCAAUGCAGCAUGCAGAGCGGUUGUAUACACAGGGCUACAUCUCUUACCCUCGUACAGAGACCACCAGCUAUCCAGAGAAUUAUGACCUUAUGGGUACUCUUCGUCAACAACAGCACUCAACUAAAUGGGGUGCCGAAGUUAAAGCGCUGAUCGCAAAUGGUAUCAACAAGCCGAAAAAGGGGAAGGAUGUUGGUGACCAUCCCCCUAUCACACCAAUGAAAGCUGCUACUGAGGCAGAACUAGGCGGCGACCUCUGGCGCAUCUAUGACUACGUUACGCGACACUUUAUCGCGACAUUGUCGCGCGACUGCAAGUACUGCUCCACGACCAUCACGUUCCAAGUGGGCUCUGAGACAUUCUCGUACACCGGCAAUACGCUCGUGGAUCCCGGCUACACUGAGAUUAUGCAUUGGCAGGCGAUGGGGAAAGACGAGUUUGUGCCUCAGCUGAAUAUAGAGGAGGAGCUUCGCGCGCACGAUCACAGACUCGUCGAGUGUCAGACGUCACCGCCGGACUAUCUGACCGAGUCCGAGUUGAUCACUCUGAUGGAGAAGCACGGCAUCGGCACUGACGCGUCCAUUCCGGUUCACAUCAACAACAUCUGCCAGCGGAACUAUGUCGGUGUGGGCAGCGGCCGCCGCCUCGUACCGACCUCGCUGGGAGUGGUGCUGGUGCAUGGCUACCAAAAGAUCGAUCCAGAACUAGUUCUGCCCACGAUGCGUUCCGCCGUUGAAGAGCAGCUGAAUCUGAUAGCGGUGGGUCGCGCGGACUUCCAGGCGGUUCUCUCGCACACCACGGAAAUCUUCCGCAGAAAGUUCCAGUACUUCGUGCGAUCUAUGGAGGCUAUGGAUCAGCUGUUUGAAGUCAGCUUCUCGUCGCUCAAAACAAGCGGGAAGGCGCUAUCGCGAUGUGGCAAAUGUAGGCGAUACAUGAGAUAUAUUAUGGCCAAGCCGGUGCGCCUGCACUGCUCGCACUGCGACGACACGUACACGUUGCCGCAGAACGGGACGGUGCGCAUCUACCGCGAGCUCAAGUGUCCACUCGACGACUUCGAGCUGCUGUCAUGGUCCAGCGGGAACAAGGGGAAGAGCUUCCCGCUGUGUCCCUACUGCUACAACCACCCGCCCUUCAGGGACAUGAAGAAAGGCUUCGGUUGCAAUUCGUGCACGCACCCCACGUGUCCGUAUGGCGUCAAUUCCACGGGCGUGUCCGGGUGUCUGGAUUGUGACGGAGUUCUGGUGUUGGACCCCUCGGCUCCCAAGUGGAAACUUGCUUGCAAUCGAUGUGACGUGAUCGUGAACAUAUUCGAGGACGCGUCCCGCGUGACCGUGAGCGAGCAGUCGUGCGGCGACUGCGGCGCGCAGCUCGUGACCGUGGAGUACAAGGCGGAGCGCACGCGGCUGCCGGCCGCGCUCACGGAGAUGACCGCCUGUCUGUACUGCGAGCCGGCCUUCACCGCGCUCGUGGAGAAGCAUCGUGCGGUGACGUCACGAGGGGGCGGGGCCCGGGGGCGGGGCGCCAGGCAGCGGGCCAACAAAGCAAGAAACAAACAACCUAAAGAUAAGAUGGCGCAGCUUGCUGCAUAUUUUGUAUGAAUUAAGGCAAAUAUGUGUCGUAAACAAACAAUCACUUAAUUUAUGGUUUCUUUGUAUUGUACGUAAAUUACUGUCGAGACGUUUUUGCGUUUGUGUGUGUACGUGUACGGUCAGCAUAUUAUAAAAAUUAUAAACAGUAGUUAACAGUAUUUAAAUAUUUUAUAAGGCAAUAAUUAAACUUUAUUACCUUAAAAAAAUGUAAAUUUUUAUUGCCUACGUCAUAUGGAACCUAAUAAUAUUAAUCGAUAUUAAAAUAGUGAAUAUUAACAUUUACAUAAUACACAACAUAAUUUUUAAUUUAUGUGAGUUUUAUUUACUACACGGCCAUAUUUUCUCUGGACCUCACUGGAACGUGAAUUCCUGUUGUGUCAAUACGGUUUGCAGUUUCAUUAGCGUUACAUGUCGUGAUAUUUUCGUCUAUCACUGCUUUGCUUUUGAAGUCAUCGUUACGUUUUGACUUUUUUUGUUAAUACUUCUGUAUUUUCUAUCGUCGCUAUAAUAGUUCUAAUAAUAUAUAUAUUAGAAAAAUAAAUAUUUUUGUAGCUUA